AUGUCUGAGGGGAGCACCAGUGAGUACGAACACGAUCACAGCGCUUCCGAGUAUGGCAUGGGGCUGGCACAGCGACUUACCAAGUUGUUGCGCAAAGGCUUUGGCUGUGAUGUUGAAUUUAUCGUCGGCGAUGAGAAGGAGGUUGUGCUUGCUCAUAAGCUCGUGCUUGCUUCUAGCUCCGAGGUAUUCUCAACAAUGUUUUACGGCGAAUUGGCGCGAAGUAAGUAA